UGUGCUGAAAUGGAGUUAAAUGCAGUCCAUCUGACUCGGGUAAACGGAUCAUAUAAUAAAGAUGUAUAAUUUCAGAUGACAGAUGCUUCGACUGACCGUGAGCUCCAGGACCUUUAUUUUAGCAUCUAUGACGAGCGAGAGGCAGCAGGGUUUAUCCUGCCAUCUAACAUCUUCAAGAAGGACCACAUCCCCCUCCUGCAGUCGGCCCUUGUUAACAACAAGGACCAGUUCAUUGAAGGUCUACAAACUCAUGAUGUUCUGACCAUAGUGAGACAGGAGAAGUUGACCUGUCUAUUCAGUGGUGGUAAGCCGCCAGUCACUGUUGCCGAUGUAAGAGGUCUGAUGAACUUUAAAUAUCGCGAAGAUAUCAACCGGGAGGCUGACCGGGAAACUGGCCAGCAGUUUGUUCGGUUCCUUCAGGCGACAAAGGGUGAUGGCGCCACCAUCAACGGCAUUACCCUGAAGCCGAAGGAUGUCCUCAUGUGGAUGUCGGGUUCAACAGAAAUCCCAGCUGUGGGUUUCCACAAGCAGAUUGACAUUGAGUUUGGUGGCGAGGAAAGGGUCAACACUUGUGCACUUUGUGUUACGUUAAAGCAUCUGACGCCUGCUGUUGAGGACCCUGUUUUGUAUUUUACAGAGCGUUUGAUAAACUCAUCAACAUUCGGUGAUAUGUGAUAUUUCUUUAUGUUAUGGAGAUAAGAUCUAAUGUUGAUGAGUUUAUCAAUCGCUCUGUAAAAUACAAGACAAAACUCCUCACCAAACUCGAUGUCUAUUUGCUUGUGGAAAUAAAAAAAAAAAAAAAAAACGUUUUUGUAUUACUGUUUUUAAGUGUUUUGUAAAUAUUGUAUAAAUAUAUACUGGAGUUAAACAAUUUGUUCAUUAACUAAAGUUGCUGAGCCACAGUUAUCAACAUGUUUCCAAAUAUAGUUUUUCCGUAUUACUUUAGCAAUAUUGUAUUAGUAAACAAGCUUUAAAAAGUUAUGCACAUGUGCCGACUUUCAAAAAAAGUUCUUGCGAACAUAAAUAUUAAACCAGGGCCCGUAUUCAUCAACCAAUUCUUAGACUUAAGUCUAAGAAUAAAGAAUAUUCUUUAAAUAGGAUUAUAAAAAAAUUGCUUUAAUAUUAAGUCAAACUUGACAUUAACUGUCUCUAUCUAAUUCAUUCGUAAUGAAGAAAUUUCCUUUACGGACAUAACCAUCACUGGUUGCCUGUAUGUUUUCAAACCAUGGGCAUAAUUUUCUUGGUUCAAAGUAUAUUCUUAAGUCUAAGAAUGGGUUGGUGAAUACGGGCCCAGAAUGGUACAGGAUCUGUAACUUACCUAAUGUAUAUUUUUUUUCUAUUAGUUUGAGAAUUGAGAUUGUGUCUAUUAGUUUUAGACUUGACAUUGUGUCUAUUAGUUUUAGACUUGACAUUGUGUCUAUUAGUUUUUGAGAUUGUUAUCAAAAUAAACUGUUGCUCUUGAA